GACAGCGAUGACGAUGAUGAUGUCACUGUCACCGUGGACCGGGAUGGCUUCAUGGAUGAGUUCUUUGAACAGGUGGAGGAGAUCCGCGGCUUCAUUGACAAGAUCUCAGAGAACGUGGAAGAGGUGAAACGGAAGCACAGCGCCAUCCUGGCCUCCCCCAACCCUGAUGAGAAGACGAAGGAAGAGCUGGAGGAGCUCAUGUCUGACAUAAAGAAGACCGCAAACAAAGUUCGCUCCAAGUUAAAGAGCAUCGAGCAGAGCAUCGAGCAGGAGGAAGGCCUCAACCGCUCAUCCGCGGACCUGAGGAUCCGAAAGACACAGCACUCCACGCUGUCCCGCAAGUUUGUGGAGGUCAUGUCCGAGUACAAUGCCACACAGUCUGACUACCGUGAGCGCUGCAAGGGCCGCAUCCAGAGGCAACUGGAGAUCACUGGCCGGACCACGACCAGUGAGGAGCUGGAGGACAUGCUGGAGAGUGGAAACCCCGCCAUCUUUGCUUCUGGGAUCAUCAUGGACUCCAGUAUCUCCAAGCAGGCCCUGAGUGAAAUUGAGACGCGGCACAGUGAGAUCAUCAAGCUGGAGAACAGCAUCCGUGAGCUGCACGACAUGUUCAUGGACAUGGCCAUGCUCGUGGAGAGCCAGGGGGAGAUGAUUGACAGGAUUGAGUACAACGUGGAACAUUCGGUGGACUAUGUGGAGAGGGCCGUGUCUGACACCAAGAAGGCUGUCAAGUACCAGAGCAAGGCACGCCGGAAGAAGAUCAUGAUCAUCAUCUGCUGCGUGGUCCUGGGCAUUGUCAUCGCCUCCACGUUUGGAGGCAUCUUCGGCUAGAAAGCACCCCACCCGCCACCCCACUCGGGACGGUCUGCCCUCAGGAGGCCCCCUGGCUGCUGCCGCCUUUUGGCUCGGAGCCCCUUCCUUCCCACCCCAUACCGCCCCUUUCUCUGCCGUAGGGCCCUCCCUACCCACCGUGCCCUGAGCCGUCGUGUGCAUGAUCUCUGUGACAGUGUGUGUCUGUACCGGGGAGCCAGCGGGGUGGGGCAGGUCCGCAGCAAGGGACAGACUCAGGCCCUGGCCCAGGCCGCCUCACCCCCUCACCCUCCCCAGGGAGCACUGCCUGGGGUAGCCAUGCUCCCCUUCCCCCCCCACCCCCUUAAUUCCACUCCAGCCUGGGGUCUGCCCUGACCUCUGGCC